UGCGUAUUUCGCAGACUGACGCUUCUCACUCUGGAUCAGCAACAGGACACUGCGGGCUUACGACCUCAAAAAAUAAAGACUAACGUCGGUGGUUUCGGAUCAGACAGCUCGACAAGAUGAACAUCUACUUUAGCCGCUGUCACCUUGUCAUCGCCAGCUGUGUGCUGGUCAGUUUGGUUCUGGCUUUGGAAGAUGGCCCGGAUCGUCCGGUUAUGGGAGCUCCGGGAUCCCCUGUCCGUCUGUCGGAAUCAGACCCCGCGGUACUCAAAGCAGUGAAAUUUGCUGAAGAGCGGUACAAUAUGGGGUCCAACUCGAUGCACGUACGCCGUGUCAGCAAGAUCCUUUCUGCCAGCAAACAGCUGGUGAAAGGUGUAAGGUACAGUAUUAUGGUGGAAAUUGGAAGCACACAGUGUAAGAAAUCUGUAGAGCUGAAUGUUGUGAACACCUGUGAGUUUUUCCCUGAGCCUCACAAACAGAAGACAGAGGUGUGUUUGUUUGAGAUUUGGGACAUUCCCUGGGAAAGUAAAUCCACCCUCCUUAAACAGAAGUGUCAGCCUGCAGUUUCCAAGGAUCUCAAAAAGGUUGUGGCAGUACCUCUUACCCAUGAUAAACCUUUGAAGGAAUCUGUAGAGCUUUUGACCCAGUUCAAAAACUUUAUGAUCUCAUAUAACAGAACCUAUAGCUCUCAAGAGGAGGCUGAAAAGCGCCUGCGCAUUUUCCAGGAGAAUAUGAAAACCGCGCAUACGCUGCAGUCUCUGGAACAGGGGUCAGCAGAGUAUGGAGUGACCAAGUUCAGUGACCUCACAGAGGAUGAGUUCAGAGUAAUGUACCUGAACCCAAUGCUGAGUCAGUGGAGCUUGCAGAAGAACAUGAAGUUGGCGAAUCCUGCCAGCAAGGCCGCUCCUGAUAGCUGGGACUGGAGGGACCAUGAUGCGGUCAGCUCUGUGAAGAAUCAGGGCGUGUGUGGCUCUUGCUGGGCAUUCUCUGUGACUGGAAACAUCGAGGGACAGUGGUUCAGGAAGACUGGACAGCUGCUGUCUCUCUCAGAGCAGGAGUUAGUGGACUGUGACAAGCUGGACCAAGCAUGUGGAGGUGGACUGCCAUCUAAUGCUUAUGAAGCCAUCGAGAAGCUUGGUGGUCUUGAGACUGAAAAAGACUACAGCUAUAUAGGACACAAGCAGAGCUGUGAUUUCUCCACUGGGAAGGUGGCCGCUUACAUCAACAGCUCUGUUGACCUGCCCAAAGAUGAGAAAGAGAUUGCUGCUUGGCUGGCUGAGAAUGGCCCGGUGUCUGCUGCCCUCAAUGCUUUUGUCAUGCAGUUCUACAGAAAGGGAGUGUCCCACCCUCUAAAGAUCUUCUGCAACCCCUGGAUGAUUGAUCACGCUGUGCUGCUUGUGGGAUACGGAGAACGUAAUGGCACUCCAUUCUGGGCCAUCAAGAACAGCUGGGGAGAGGACUAUGGGGAGCAGGGUUACUAUUACCUGUACAGAGGAUCCAAUCUGUGUGGAAUCAACAAGAUGUGCUCAUCUGCAAUUGUGAAUUAGACACACACAUAUACAAACACACCUUGGGAACAAAAACAUCUCAAAACAGCACUUUGGUUCGGUUAACAUGUGAUCAAACACAAUAGUAUUGAUGUAAAACACCCAUUUGUCACAUUUUUCAUCCAUAUAAGCUCAUAGUUGUCAAUAGCCCAGAUACGUGACAUUCUUCUUGAGGUCAGGACAUUUUAGUUAUCCGUCCUCUCUCCAUUACAUCAAUGCAAACAUCCAUUCUUUUUAGUAUAGCUGAAUACAUCAGCUAGCCGAAAAGAUAACAUUGCACUCAUUUGACCAUAUUACUACUACUACAAACAACACAUUUUAGUCAUUGUGAUUUUAGAUAAGUACAUUUGGAUAAAGGUAUAGUUCACCAAAAAAAAAAAAAAAAAAAACAUUCUGUCAUUUACUCACACUCAUGCUGUUCCAAACACAUUUGACUUUCUUUUAUGGAACAAUGAUGACUUCAGUCACUAUUCACUUAAUUGCAUGGACAAAAUAUGCAAUGAGAGUGAAUUGAGACUAAACAUACAGAUAGCUUUAGUGUUUCACUGGAGAUACAGGUAAAUUAUGACAGAAUUUUCAUUUUUUGGGUGAACUAUCCCUUUAAUUACCUUCUGUUUUACUCUGAUUAGUUUUGUUAUUUGUAUAUUAUAAUAUUACAUUUUUAUGGUGGCCUGGGUCUAUAUAUUUAUUUAAUUCCAAAAGACUGCAUUGAGUUUGAAUCAUGUUUACUUUUAACCCUGCUGAAUAGAUUUGCAAUUAUUGAUUUUAAAAUGCCUAUUUUAAUUUGCUGUCAUCAGAGUUGAUUUAACUGAAUAUUAUUGAGCGGCUUGUCAUGGAAACUAGAUUUUGCACACUAUAUUGCACAUUUUCACAGUAUACUGUGAUCAUCCCGUUACUGUGUUAUUGCUACUCCUCAUUUGUGAAUGUUAUAUUUUGAUGAAUGGAAAAAGCUGAUGAUACUCUUUCCAAAUGCAUAAUGGAACAUGCCAGCAAAUGCAAAACUUCAGGCGCUGGAAAAGAUAGAUCAUUCAGUUGCGAUGCUGUAUUGUUCAAAUCAGUUGUUUUUCUUCAAUGCAGUUUCUAAAAGCUUUGUAAUUGUCAUUCUAACAAAUCUCCUAAAUAAACUCCAAAUUGU